UUUUUCACUUAUAGCUAUUCCCUCCACAACUUCUGAACAAAAAAAUUCCCUCCCUUCCCUCAUUUUCUUGGCCUGUUUCUCUGACCGCCCCAGCCAAACCCUCAAACCCUUUCCUCAGCACAACAAAACCAUCUGUAAUCUUCUAUCGGAUCGCCACCUCCAGCAGAAUUGGAUCUUCAAUUUUGAAAAUUUAGACUCAUGUCUGGCUCUGGAACUCCGACCAAAGCGGCGGCGCCUCCGCCUCCGGCGGCGGCUGCACAGACCACUAACGGAGUUCCCGGUGCUCAGAUCCCAAGGCCAACCAGGCGUCACCUUGCCUUUGCUUCUAUGAAGCCGCCGUUUCUACCCCCAGAAGACUAUCACAGGUUCUCCACCCCUGGUGCUGAUGCCGGGUUUGCAACCGGAAUUGGUCAUCAGGCAGAAGCGCUUAUUGUCAAGUCCCCUGCAUUCAAGCGAAAGGGUAGAGCGAGUUCUUAUGUAGCUGAGUCCAGUGAAUGGAGUGCUAGUCCUGGGUGCACUGAUAUGGUCAACAGUCCCCUCCUAACACCUGUAUCUGCAAAAGGGGGAAAGGCAUACGGGAGGCCAAAAGCUUCAAACAAUAACAGAUCUGGACCGGCAACACCUGUGUCCAGUGCUGGAUGUCCUUCUCCUCUGACUCCUGCAAGCUGCCGCUAUGACAGCUCCUUAGGACUUUUAACAAAAAAGUUUAUCAACCUGAUCAAGGAUGCUGAAGAUGGUAUGAUUGAUCUUAACAAUGCUGCUGACACUUUGGAGGUGCAAAAGAGACGUAUAUAUGACAUAACGAACGUUCUUGAGGGAAUUGGCUUGAUUGAAAAGAAGCUUAAAAACAGAAUCCAAUGGAAGGGAGUUGAUGCUUCAGGGCCUGGAGAUGUUGGUUCUGAUGCCACAAUUUUACGGGCAGAAGUUCAAAACCUUUGCUGGGAAGAACAAAGACUGGAUGAACGUAUCAGAGGAAUGCAGGAAAAAUUAAGGGGUUUAAGUGAAAAUGAAAAUGACAAAAGAUGGCUUUUUGUGACUGAAGAGGAUAUCAAAAGUCUACCUUGCUUUCAGAAUGAAACCCUGAUAGCAAUUAAAGCUCCACAUGGGACCACUUUGGAAGUCCCUGAGCCUGAUGAGGCAGUAGAUUACCCUAGAAGGAGAUACAGAAUAAUUCUCAGAAGCACAAUGGGUCCAAUUGAUGUCUAUCUUGUCAGUCAAUUUGAGGAGAAAUUUGAGGAGAUGACUGGUGUUGUUGAACCAUCAAUGAGUGUCCCGCUUGCCUCAAGUUCAAGCUCAAAUGAUAAUCUGUCGGUGGAUUUAUCAACUAUGACAACCAGUUUGCCAGAUAAUGGAUCGCAAACAUAUGAUGACAGUCAAGUAAGCUGCGAUCUUGGUGCUUCACAGGAAUUGAAUGGUGGAAUGACCAAAAUUGUUCCUUCAGAUGCGGAUAAUGAAGCAGCAGAUUAUUGGCUCCUCUCAGAUGCUGAUGUUAGCUUAACCGAUAUGUGGAAGGCAGAUGGCGCCAUCGAUUGGGGUGUGGAGAGUAUGCUUCAUGAAUUUGGAAUAUCUGAGAUAGGUACCCCACAGUCAGAGACUUCAUCUGUUGUUGCUGAUGUACCACCUACUGCUGUAAAUGUGGCACCAUGAUGAUAUAUGAUUGGCCGAUAUAGCACCUAUUCUGUAACUGCGGAAACAAGUUUGUGGGACCCACUUUUUUCGUUCCUCAAUUUGAUCAGCUUGGGUCUUAUAGAAGCUUGGCUUGAGAGUUCUUGUGUACAAGUGGAAUCGCCAUGAAGAAUGAUACAAACAGGGAGGGGUGUCACAAAAACCGGAAAACUGCGUAGCUCUUGGGUUUAUUACUGAACUGCGCGUGAAAUUGUAGGCAUUUUUGUUGUGGGAUAGACAAAAGGAGUUCUAGAUGCGGUUAUUUAUGUCUGUAGUCUAAGGUAUUAACUAAUUACAUGGAGUAGUACAUUUUCUUUGUUCUCUUGUUUACUUAAACAGAGACAUGAAUAUCAUCAUUUGCUCUCGAUAUUUCUAUGAAAUGUUUGACUCAUUGGCAAUAUCUGUAGAGUUUCUUAUGGGUUUCUAGUGUAAGGGCAUGUUUGGUUCCAUGUUUUUGGAGGGGAUGUGAUGCCCUGAUUUGGUUUGAAAAGAAACAAUUUUAGCCUUUUAGGGUGAAUGAGGGGA